CUCUGAUAUUCCAGGUUUUUGUUGUUUUUUUUUUUGGGUUUGGGGGUUUUUUAGGGAAUGGAAAGGGCUGUUUGGGCUGGAAUUUCGGGAAGAUCUGCCAUCCCUGAUGAUCCCUGAUAUUCCAGGUUUUUUUUAGCUGGCCCAGCCUCCCUGCUCGGGGUGAUCCAGGCCAUCCCUGGGAGCCGGAGCCGCACGUGGCCGAGUUCGGGGUGCAAUUAAAGCCAAACCCAAAAUUCCCUGGGGCAUUCCCGGCCUCCAUAAAAACCCGGCCAGCCCCGGCCUUUCCCGGGCUCUUCUCUCCGGCUCUUCCCCCCUCAUGACCUGGCUCUGAGCCCCGCUCCGCCAUGCACUGCCCCGGCGAGCGCUGCCCGCCGCUCCUCCUGCCCGGCCCCAAAUUCAUCCCCGAGCUUCUCCCUCCGUGCCAGGCUCACUCCGAGCCCUUCGCCAACACCUGCCACCCCCUGAGCAUCACCAAGGGCCCCGCGCCGCGCUGGCAGAGCUGUCCCCAAGCCGCCACCGCCGCCUCGCUGCUGCCCUGCCGGCCGCUGGUGCAGAAAUGCCUCCUGCUCUACCCCGAGCCCUGCGAGACCACCCGGCUGCUGCCCCGCCCGAGGGGCUCCGCUGUCCCCUCCCAGAGCCCUCGGUCCCGUGACAAGAAACGCGCGGCCCGGAGCCUCCCUCCGUGCGCCCCGCGCUGCCCCGAGCCCGGCCGGCUGCGCUUCCCCCCGUGCGGCAUCCGCGGCUCCUCCGCCUCCUGCCGGGCCGAGCCUCGCCCGCACAAGGCGGCCGCGAGUCCCCCGCGCUGCCCCGAGCUGAGCGGUGGCUACUCACUGCCCCUCCGAGGGGUCACCGAGUGUCCCCCGCAGCAGAGCGUCACCCGCUCCUUCCUGCGGGAGCAGCUGGCGGGGGUGGCCCCGCACCGCUGCUCCAAGGGUUACCCCACGCAGGAAUUCGGCACCUGCUGCUCCUCCGAGCAGCGCCUGAACGUCACCAAGGUCACCGAGGAGUGUCCCCCGACGCGGGUGGUGGUCAAGGGCUCGCCGCAGCUUGAGGGGACCAAGGGCAGGAGCUGCUCGGCGCAGCACCUGAGCAAGUCCCGCUGUGGCCACCACCAGCACCCCCGGGGCUCCCCGCGGCCCUCCCGGCUGGUCCCGGCCGGGGCCAAACGCUCCGGGCGCUCCAAGAAAAGUCGCGGCGCUUCCAAGUGGCUCUGGUGAGGGAGGGGAUGGGAAAGGUCGGGAAUGCCGCGGGGGAGGGAGCCCGGCUUCGGGGGGAUCGGCAGGGGGUGAUCCCCCCGCCUUGGAGCCCGGUUUUGGGGUGAUUCCCAUGGGGGGAUCCCCCCCUUGGGCCCAGGGAUGGGGUGAUCCUCAUGGGGUGAUCCCGUCACUGCUUAGGAGCCCAAAUUUGGGGUGAUUUCCCCUCUCCAUGGACCCCAAGUUUGGUUUAGGGUGAUUUCCCCUCCUUGGAACCCAAAAUUGGGGUGAUCCCCCCCUCCUUGGAGCCCAGGUUUGGGGUGAUUUCCCCUCCCUGGAACCCAGAUUUGGGGUGAUUCCCCCUCCAAGGACCCCAGGUCUGGUUUGGGGCGAUCCCCCCUCCAUUCCCAGUCCUGCCCCCCAAACCUUGUUUUCCCCCAUAUCCUGCCCGUGUUCAGCUCGCAGAGCGAAUCCCCCCUUUUAUUCGACCCCAAAUUUGGAUUUUCCAGCUCUGGGAAGGUGCUGGGGAGAGGCUGAGGAGCUCUUGGAGCCUCAGCCCAACACCUUUGUGACAAGGUCUGCACCCUGUUUUGAUGUUGUGGGACCAACUGAAAUUCCACUCACAUUAAACUCAGGUUACAACUGA